UUAAGAUUUACAUGAAUGGCUAUUUGUUUGUGUGUUUGUGCUUUACCUUCAGAUGUCCAGAAAGUGAUUGUUGGUGAAGAACAUCAGCAGGAGUGGAGCUCCAGUCUGGACCAGGAGGACACGAAGCCCCCACACAUUAAAGAGGAGCAGGAGGAACUCCGGAUCAGUCAGGACGGAGAGCAGCUUCAAGGGCUGGAGGAGGCUGAUAUCACCAAGUUCACAUUCACUCUGAUCCCUGUGAAGAGUGAAGAUGAUGAAGAGAAGCCUGAGUUGUCACAGCUUCAUCAAAAACAAACUGAAGAGAUAAAAACAGAAGCUGAUGGAGAGGACAGUGGAGGACCAGAACCAGCCAUGAACUCAGAUCCAGAUACACAUUUACAACCUGAGACUGAUGACAGUGCUGAUUGGAAAGAGACCAGAGAACCUCAGUCAGGUUUAAACUCUCUGAAUAACAAUGAAGUCCCUGUCAUUGAUUCAUGUACAACUGGUGAGAAAGAGUAUGUGAAAGAAUUUGGCACCAGUGGACAUCUGAAGCGACACAUGAGAGCUUAUACAGGAGAGAAACCAUUUAGCUGCUCAGUCUGUAAGAAAGAUUUUACAAUGAGUGGAAAUUUACAGAAACACAUGAGAAUUCACACAGGAGAGAAAUCAUUUAGCUGCUCAGUCUGUAAGACAGCUUUUACAGAGAGUGGACAUUUAGUGGCACACAUGAGAAUCCAUACAGGAGAGAAACCAUUUAGCUGCUUAGUUUGUAAGAAAGCUCAUACACAGAGGGGACAUUUACAGACACAUAUGAGAAUCCACACAGAAGAAAAAAGAUUUAGCUGCUCUGUCUGUAAGAAGGCUUUUAUGCAGAGUGGGCAUUUACAGACACACAUGAGAAUUCACACAUGAGAAAAACUGUUCAGCUGCUCAGGCUGUAAGAAAGCUUUUAAACAGAGUGGAAGUUUGCAUAGACACACGAGAAUCCACACAGGAGGGAAACUAUUUAGUGAAGUGGAGCUUCAGUCUGGAAGGAGAGUAGAGAAGCUGU